CCGAUAUAUCCGUUCUGAUCUCUAUGGAGAUAAAAUUUUCCGUCUGCUUUUUCUUAGCUUUCUUACUUCAUCUUUCGACACUUUCCUUCAUUAAUGCUGAAGCAACGGAUAUUUCCACGGACAAACAAGCUCUUCUUGCCCUGAAAGCUGGUAUAAGCCAUGAUCCUAGCAAUUUAUUGGCCGGUAAUUGGUCCACAAGAGCUUCUGUUUGUGAUUGGAUUGGCAUCACUUGUGGUGUCCGCCACCAUAGAGUCACAGCUCUGAAUAUUUCUUAUCUGAAUCUUACAGCUACCCUUCCUCCUCAAUUAGGAAAUCUAUCUUUCCUUGUAAUUCUAAGCAUUAGAAACAACAGCUUUCACGGCUCUAUCCCGGAUGAGUUGGCUCACUUACGUCGACUCAGAUAUCUUCAAUUCAGUUUCAAUAACUUCAUCAAUUUAAAGAUCCCAUCAUGGUUGGGUUCCUUGACCAAACUUCAGUUCUUGGGUUUGAGUGAAGUAAAGUUUUCAGGGACUAUUCCUCGGUCCCUUGGCAACUUGUCUUCACUUGAACGACUUCAUCUCGAUCAUAAUCAGUUGUCAGGUUCCAUUCCCACCUCCAUUUUUAACAUAUCAUCACUGCAGAAACUUAGCCUGUAUCAAAACCAACUCUCUGGUUCCUUCCCUUCCAUCCUUUCCAACAUGACUUCGUUAAUAUACAUUGACCUCGGUGAUAAUGGAUUAUCUGGUGGACUUUCUGCAACUACUUUUGAUCAUCUUCCUAAUUUGGAAUCGCUUUAUUUGGAUAAAAACUUGUUCAAUGGCGAAAUACCAUCCAGUCUACCAAAAUGCAAAGGUUUGCAAUACUUAACCUUGGCGAUAAAUUAUUUCAUAGGCUCCAUUCCGAGAGAAAUCGGGAACUUGACUCAACUUAAGUGGCUGUAUCUCGGAUAUAAUGAAUUCCAAGGUAUGAUACACACAAAUAUAUAUAUAUAUAUAUAUAUCACAAAUUUUCUUUCUAGAUCAUACAAUUGCUUACUUUAA